AUGAGCUCAUGCUAUCUGUAUGAAGUCUCUGCUAUCACUGAAGUGUUACUCGGUUGUAGCGUUGUGUGCCCGAAAGAUGUUUCAUUUGACAACAUCUACUGUUUCCCGGAUGAUGUGAUGGAGUUCGGUGUGUUCAAAUGCAUUUGCCCAGUACUGGUGCCAAACGCUGAUCAGAUGGACAUACACAAGGCAUUCCUUGGGCGCGAAUGCAGAUGUGAAGUUGAAAGCGUGGAAAGCUCUGCGCUGGUUUUUGGCUUGGUGAAAGGCCGACUUCUGGUCAAGGAUGGCGGUCACUAUCGUGAUUUGCAGAGCAUCAUUUUCAAACGGGCAAUGAAUCCGGCUUCAGCGGAUACAAGUAAAUUAUUGGUUCUUUCAAUUCUUUUGCUAUUUGCGUGCUUCAUUACUGUCCAAUCAAUGCUGUAA